AUGACGAGUCGAUUAGCUCGCGGUUUCUUUCAUCGUGAUAUAUCACUAACAGAAACUGAAAAGGUUUUACAAGAAAAUAUUGUUGGUAGUUUUCUUGUACGUCCUUCACGUACGAAAGCUGAUUCAUAUGUAUUAUCAGUUCGACUAGCAACUGGAGGAAUAGCACACAUACGUAUUAAAAGAACCAAUGAAGGAUUUGAUAUAUGUGAAAGACAAGAAUGUUUUCCGACAUUGUACGAUAUGAUUGAUCAUUAUCGUCGAAAUUUUGGAGAACUUCAAGAAAAAAAUAGUGAAAAUAUUGAAUUAACUAAUCCUAUAUUAGCUCAAAUGCCCACAUUUGAAAAGUACUAUCAUGGACCGAUAUCACAUUCACAAGUGGUAUCUAUCUUGAAUAAAUGUCAUCGAAUGGGCUCGUUUCUUGUACGAGAUUCUGAAACUUCACCGGGAGAUUAUGUUAUAUGUGUGAAAACACCCGAUUAUAUAGCCAAUAUAAAAAUAAAAUAUUUUUCUGGUAAUUUAUUUCUCGAUGGAAAAGGUCGGCAAGAACAAAUCGAUCGUUUUAAAUCAUUAGAUGAGUUAAUUCAUUUUUAUUUAAAACAUAAUAUUCUCGUUGGAGUGGAUGGUGUUGCUAUUCGUCUUGUGCAACCGUGCACAGCAAAUUGGUUUUAUGCUCGAGAUAUUCACCAGCGUUGUGAAUUUUUAUCGAAACUAAUGCCAUCGCAACAUGGACACAAAAGUGGUUUUAGCUUAGAAUUCGAAUUACUUAAUCAACAAUCGGAUCCUCAGUCAUCACAAUAUCAUAAAAAAGUUGGAGAAAAACAAGAAAAUCGAACUCGAAAUCGAUUUAAAAAUAUUUUACCACACGACGAAACACGUAUCGUUCUAAGAAAUUAUUCCGUUACAGACUAUAUGAAUGCGAAUCGUGUUCGAACACAUUAUGAACAAUAUGCAAGAGAAUAUAUUGCUACACAAGGACCAUUGCCACUAACGGUUAACGAUUUUUGGCACAUGGUACAACAAGAAACAGUUCAAUGCAUUGUAAUGAUUACGCGUGAAGUAGAAGCCACGAAGAAUAAAUGCGCACGCUAUUGGCCCGAUUUACAUACAACAAAACAAUAUGGCACGGUGACUGUUGAAAAUAUGAAUGAAACAAAGUUUGGUCCACCACAAAUGUCCUCCAGUGGAAUGCGUGCGUUACGUACAUUGUCAUCAUCAUUAUCAUCAUCACAACAAUUCUUAUUAAACGAUGAUGACUGUUCUUAUCGUUUACGUACAUUAAGAAUAACAGCUGAAAAUGGACGAUCAUGGGAUAUUUUACAUUGGCAAUAUUUAGCAUGGGGCGAUCAUGAUUCUCCACUUACAAUUAAUCAACGUGACAAUGCUCAACUUGGUAUACUGUUGGAGUUUUUUGAAAGAAUUGCUCACUUAUAUCCUAUUGGCACUAAUCCGGAUGCAGCACCGAUGGUUGUGCACUGUAGUGCUGGUAUAGGUCGAUCCGGUGCGACUAUUGCAAUCGAUGCAAUAUUAAAUAGAAUCCGUAUGAACGGGCUUGAUACUGAAAUUGAUAUUCCCAAUUUAAUUAAACAUAUUCGAUCACAACGAUCAGGUCUUGUGCAAACUGAACGACAAUAUGAAUUAAUCUAUCGUAUGAUAGAAUUUUAUGUCGAAAAAUUAAUGCAACUAACGGAAAAUCAAAAUAAACAGUGA